GUAGGGCGGGGUCCGGAAAAGGUUGUAGAAACAUUGUUGUAGAAACUCCCGCGAUUAGUGACGAGUGAAGCUGCUGAGACCAUCCGUCAGGACGGUAGUCAUCUGUGUCCCAACCUGUGACCUCCGACCCCUCCAGUCAUUCAGCCAUGGCCUUGCACAUGCUGGCCGCUGUCGGGAAACAGAUGCUGCGGGUGAAGGUGGUGGAUGGCGGAGAGGACUCCUCCCGCCUGUCCCGCUGCCUGGGCACCAUGGACUUGAUUGCGUUGGGCGUGGGCAGCACCCUGGGGGCGGGCGUCUACGUCCUGGCGGGGGCGGUGGCGCGUGAGAACGCGGGGCCUGCCAUCGUGCUCAGUUUCCUCAUAGCGGCCGCUGCCUCAGUGCUGGCUGGCCUGUGUUAUGCAGAGUUCGGGGCGCGAGUCCCCAAGACUGGCUCCGCCUACCUCUACAGCUAUGUGACAGUGGGUGAGCUCUGGGCCUUCAUCACCGGCUGGAACCUCAUCCUCUCCUACGUCAUUGGAACGUCCAGUGUUGCUCGGGCCUGGAGCGCCACGUUCGACGGGAUGAUCGGGAAGCACAUCGAGGGCUUCUGCCGCCUUCACCUGAGCAUGAAGGUCCCCGGCGUGCUGGCCGAGUACCCGGACAUGUUCGCCGUCAUCAUCAUCCUCCUCUUGACAGGUCUCCUGGCGUUCGGGGUCAAGGAAUCUGCCCUGGUCAACAAGGUGUUCACCUGCAUCAACGUUCUGGUGUUGUUCUUCGUGGUGGUCUCAGGCUUUGUCAAGGGGUCCAAAAGCAACUGGAUCCUGAAUCCCGAUGAGGUCCGCAACAGCACCAACUCACUCUUCAAUGUAUCUGUUUCUCCACUGUCGGACAAGAACCUCGGAGAGGGGGGGUUCAUGCCAUUUGGCUUCACGGGGGUCCUGUCUGGAGCGGCUACCUGCUUUUACGCCUUCGUGGGCUUCGACUGCAUCGCCACCACUGGCGAGGAGGUGAGGAACCCCCAGAGGGCCAUCCCCAUCGGCAUCGUGGCCUCCCUCCUCAUCUGCUUCGUGGCCUACUUCGGCGUGUCCGCCGCCCUUACUAUGAUGAUGCCAUACUACAUGCUGGACAAGUACAGCCCGCUGCCCGUGGCCUUCAAGCACGUGGGCUGGGAGGGGGCCACCUACGCAGUGGCGGUGGGGUCCCUCUGCGCCCUGUCCACCAGCCUGCUCGGCGCGAUGUUCCCCAUGCCCCGGAUCAUCUGGGCCAUGGCAGACGACGGCCUGCUCUUCCAGUGUUUGGCCAAAACCAAUCCGAAAACCAAAACUCCUCUGGUCGCCACCGUGAUCUCGGGGGCCGUGGCAGCUGUCAUGGCCUUCCUGUUUGAGCUCAAGGACCUGGUUGACCUCAUGUCCAUUGGAACCUUGCUGGCUUACACUUUGGUGGCUGCGUGUGUCCUGGUCUUAAGGUACCAGCGGGAGCAGCCCAGCCUGGUGUACCACAUGGCGAACACGCAGGACGAGGGUGAUCUGAGCGAGGCGUCUAGCCGGGCCAGCUCUGGAUUCCCAUCCAGUGCAGAGGAGAGCCUCAGCGUACGAGUCCUGGUGUUCCCCAAGAACCAGGAGCCCUCACACACCUCGGGCCUCGUGGUGAACAUCUGUGCCGGUUUGCUCGGGGUCCUGAUCUGCGCCAUGUGCAUCGUGGCGGUUCAUGGGGGCCUGGCGCUGUGGAGUUGGGUGCUUCUGCUUAUCCUGGGCCUGAUUUGUUUGGUCCUCACCCUGAUCAUCUGGAGGCAGCCUGAGAGCAAGACCAAACUCUCCUUUAAGGUCCCUCUUCUGCCCUUCCUCCCUGUGCUGAGCAUGUUCAUAAACGUCUACCUGAUGAUGCAGCUCGGCAGGGGAACCUGGCUCCGCUUCGCCAUCUGGAUGGUCAUAGGCUUCCUCAUCUAUUUUUGCUUCGGCCUUCACCACAGCAAAGAGGCUGCCCUGUCCGCAUACGGCACAGAGCUCAAGAUCGACGAGAACCCAAAGGACUCCACGCCAGACAAAGAGAGCUUGGAAAUAUAGGCCUUUCUCUGCGACGACAUCGACAAAGCGGUCGACGUUUAAAAUAUCCGGGUUUCGUUUUUGGGGGAUAAAGCCGGUCACCAGACUGUGUGCGGAGUAGAGACCCUUCAAGCCAAAUUUAAUUCUGCUUUCUGAGCAUGAUGUCACCCUGAUUAAGAGGAAGGAACUGAUAGGAACUGGAAGUCUCUGUACUGCUUGGGUAUGGAAGUAUCUUCAAAUUAUCUGCUGCUGGUCCUUCUUUCCCUUCUUCUGGCUGUUAUUGACAACUGUUUGUCCCAUUUCUUUAUUUUUCACUGCAUUUCACUGCAGGUGUUUUAGGAUCACCUUUAUCCAUCUCGGGUGAUGUAUUUGUCAUCUGUGUCUCAGCUGGUCUUGUCGGUCUGGUCUAUGGGUGCUUGUGCUGAGCAGGCAAAGACGUUCUGGAAGCUGAAGAGAUGUAGGCCAGCUUGGGAGUGAUGCUCAACUGCAUACGGCGUCUUCCCUUUCAGCUAUUCAUGGACCGACGUAACUAUGUGUGUGUCAGCUGAGAGCAAAGCCAAAAGUGUCAAUUGAAGGCAGGCGAAGGUUUCGUACAUUCUGCAACACCCUUACUUAAAUGGUGCCUAAGUUUUGAUAGAUUUGAUAUUUGGUUAUUUCCUGUUUGUUUUUCUAUUGAAGGAUGUUAAAGUUACAUGUUGUUGUCCCAACAGCCACUGGUAAAACAUGAAUGAAAUGAGGUGUGUGUUGUCCAACCAACCAUCCUGUUAUCCCACUUACACAAAUGCGGGUAAUAACUGAGAAUUUAUUUUUAUUUCAUUUAAUGCAUUUUUAUUUUACCAAUGAAAUUGAGUAGGUAGAUUUUUUUUAGAGCAUUCCUGUUCCUUUAAAAGAAACCUGACAAGCUAAUGGGUAUUUAAUAAUUGUCAAACCCUACUGGUCCGAAUGCUUGCCGAUGUUUGUUUCUUCAGUCAUUUUCUGUCCAGCUGUGGAUUUAAUAGGAAAGCAACUGUUAGCCUUAAUUGAUUUAUUGGUUCUAUGCAAGUGUCAUUCAAUCUAAACACUGAAAAUGGUCAGUUUUACAGAAAUGCCUUUUUGAGAUUUCUUGAAUACAUAUGUAUUUAUUUUUGCUUACUGUUUGCCAACGUGAAUUUUUUAAAUUUAGUAUUUGAUGCCAUUUGAGUUCAAAUCCCUUGACAAAUGGUGAUGCGCAGAUUUUAUGCACGUUUUAAUGCAGAAAAGGCUUGUGUGUUUUUUUUAAAUCUUUUGAAACAGUUAAGUUAUUGCCUAUUGUAAAUUAAUUUUUAAAAGGGUUUUAUGUCUACCUAAGAUUGUCUGUCUGACCUGCAUCCUGUUUGCCGGGACAGAAAUGAACAAUUCCUUUAUGGUGUCAUACCAUUGCCAUUCUCUGCCUGUGUUUGCGCUGAUGGAUUUUUUAAAAACUUAUUUAAGUACUGUUGCCAUAGCCAUAAUGACUAUUUAUUGAAGUGAAUUAAUAGCGAUGUAAUUAAAAUGGACACACAAUGAAUACUCAAAAUGUGAAAUUGUUCAUGCUUUAAGGGAAACUCAUGAAAUGUGUGUACAUAAUGUUUAUUUCUUCAUGGAAAUAGUUUAUUUGGAGACAACCCUGUAAAGCUGUAUUAUUUUGUCUGUGUUUUACAUAGCAAGUACAGUGGCACAAUGGAAAUGUUUAUGAAGGUUGCAUUAAAAUAGAGCGAAAAGUGCAAUGUGUAAAAUUUACA